GAGAGCGCAGAGGCGGGCUGGCUCUGCGUGUGCAACGCGCGGUGUGCGAGUGUCUCUGCAGGUGCGUGCGCGGCCUCCUGUGAGCUACAACGCGUGUGCACGGCUGUGCAUGUGGAUGACGGUUUCUAAAUGCCAGCAGCAAUGAAGGCUGCAAUGUCGCUGGUGGGAAGCCAAGGCAUUCUCUCGGCCACUGAGAUCCUCACUGCGGCUGCCGUCUUCUGCCUGGUCUUCCUGCUCGUCCAGUCCUUCAGGCAGCACGUCCCCAAGGGGCUGAAGAGACCCCCAGGACCAAGAGGCUACCCCAUCCUCGGCAAUGUGUUGGAGCUGAGGAAGGACCCGCACUUGGUCCUGACCAAGCUGAGCCAGAAGUAUGGGGAUGUGAUGGAGAUCAAGAUUGGCACCCGGUCCGUGCUGGUGCUGAGCGGGCUUGACACCAUCAAGCAAGCCCUGGUGAAGCAAGGAGAAGACUUCAUGGGGCGCCCUGAUCUCCACAGCUUCCAAUACAUUUCAAAUGGCCAGAGCCUGACCUUCAGCCCUGACUCAGGGGAGGUGUGGAAAGCCCGCAGAAAGCUGGCCCAGAACGCCCUGAAGACCUUCUCCAUUGCCCCCAGCCCAACCUCCUCUUCCACCUGCCUCCUGGAGGAGCACGUCUCCAAGGAGGCUGACUACCUGGUCACCAAGUUCCUGCAGGUGAUGGAAGAGGAGAAGAGCUUUGACCCUUACCGGUACCUGGUGGUGUCUGUGGCCAAUGUCAUCUGUGCCAUGUGCUUUGGCAAGUGUUACGACCACAACGACCAAGAGCUGCUCAGCAUGGUAAACCUCAACAAUGAAUUUGGAGAGGUGGCUGCUUCUGGCAAUCCUGCUGACUUCAUUCCUGUGCUCCAGUAUCUUCCCAGCCGCACCAUGGAAGUCUUUAAGGACCUCAACAGGCGAUUCAGCGCCUUUGUGCAAAAAAUCAUCCAGGAGCAUUACUGUAGCUUUGACAAGGAGAACAUCCGGGACAUCACGGACUCACUGAUCGAGCAUUGCCAGGAGAACAGGGCAGGGGAGAACACCAGCGUCCCGCUCUCCAGCGAGAAGAUCAUCAAUAUUGUCAACGACCUCUUUGGGGCGGGCUUUGACACUGUCACAACUGCCCUUUCCUGGAGUCUCAUGUAUCUUGUGAUGUACCCUGACAUCCAGAAGAGGAUCCAGGAAGAACUAGAUCAGACCAUCGGCCGGGAGAGGAGACCGAGGCUGUCCGACCGAGGCACGCUGCCGUACACAGAAGCCUUCAUCCUGGAGAUGUUCAGGCACUCUUCCUUCCUGCCCUUCACUAUCCCGCACUGUACAACAAAAGACACCGUGUUGAAUGGCUACUACAUACCAAAGAACCGCUGUGUGUUUGUCAACCAGUGGCAAGUGAAUCAUGAUGAGAAGCUUUGGAAGGAUCCCUCAACCUUCAACCCCGAGCGGUUCCUCAGUGCUGCCGGGACUAAGAUAGACAGGACGGAGAGUGACAAAGUGAUGACUUUUGGCUUGGGGAGGAGGCGAUGCAUUGGGGAGUCCAUUGGCCGGUGGGAGGUCUUCCUUUUCCUGGCGACCUUGCUUCAGCAGCUGGAAUUCAGCCUCUGCGCCGGGCAGGAGGUGGACAUCACUCCUCAGUAUGGCCUGACAAUGAAGUACAAGAAGUGCAAGCACUUCCAGAUUAAGAAGCGCUUCCCGGUGAAGAGCUCUCCAUAAGCUGCGGCGCCUGGGGAGGAAGUGCCACUUUGCGAAAUAAAGCCAGCCUUUCGAGCCAGACACUGAGACUGCUUUAGCUAACACUCUCCAGAAGGAGCUGCUCCCCAGCCAGCACAGCCGGUCGCUGGGCCGCCUCACUGGGGGCUUGUUCAUCUCUCAUGUAAAUGCGAGCGAGCGCCCAGGGACGGAUAAAGACGGCGUUGUUUGGCUCGGCGCGCCUCGAGGAACGUGCCCGCUCCUCGCAUCUCGGUGAGCCGGCUUUAGCGCCGUUGCCUGUGGGGAAGCAGAGCAGAGGUUCAUCCUGACAAAUCCUCUGAUUUCUCUGAAUGUCUUUGCAAACAGCUCUCGCAACCAGGGUUCAAACGCUUCAGCUCUUUGUGCUGGUUGGAACGGGCUCUCCCCGCUGCUUGAGCCGUGUUACGCCUUCUUCGGAAGGGCUUUCGGGCAGGCCAGGGAGACUCUGCCCAGGUGAGCGGCACCUGGGGCGUUGCUGGCCGGCUAAACCCUCCCCUUCCCCAUGGAAUAGCUCAAGUGUAGCUAUUCGGAGUGCGCAGCCAUGCAGCUCAAUGCCAUGAAUAGAAAUUCAUGAAAUGAAUGAAGCCCCUGAACAUUUCCACCAAUCCUUGGUGACCAUCUGACUACCACCAAAUAUAUAUAUAUAUAUACACACAUACACACACAUAUAUAUAUGUGUGUGUUCACAAAUCUGAGAUGUUAUUAGCUCAACUCUUAACAAGAAGCCUCCUGGAAAAAACUGAAAGACUGAGAAGAAGGGACAGGAACCAACAAGGGGGACAGUAAAACACUUCUUGCUUUUGGACUAUGUAUUGCUGCUAUUUUAACUAUUUUUUGGCACACAAGUAAUAGUUUUAUAUAUUCAGACUAAUACAAAGAGUAAAGGUUUAAGAACUGCAAGAGCUACGCUGCCUUACUUUGCAAUCUGGUCAGCCAGUGUGAGAUGAAAUUAUAAUGGCAAAUGGAGCAGCAGUUCCUGCUCGUUUGCACCUUUUUUCUGUGAUCUAUAUGGGAUGCAUUCGUAUGCCAAAAUGUACCUGCACUGCACAAUAGCUCUAACCCAAUAAAUACUAAUGGGCAAUUUG